AUGGCUGCCGCCAGUAGCGGGCAUGGCCGCCGCCAUUACCCAUCAUGGCCGCCGCCGCCUCAGUGCCCGCCCCCUCCGCGCGCCUGCGCCAGCGCCAUGCAGCGCGCGGCGCGGCCGUUGCUGGGAGUCCUGCUCCGCGCGGCCGCUCCAUGGCGGCCCUGGCCCGCGCCGCUGCCCCUGCCCCACCGCCUGCCCCACCGCCCGCCCCACCGCCCGCCCCACCGCCCGGCCUGCACCGCCACCGACCCAGAGCAGCCGAGGACCAAGCACUAUCGCCUGGUGUACACCUGCAAGGUCUGCCAGACCCGAUCGGCCAAAACCAUUUCCAAACUGGCCUACCAUAACGGCGUGGUGAUCGUGACGUGCCCGGGCUGCGGCAACCACCACGUCAUAGCCGACAACCUGGGCUGGUUCUCGGACCUGCAGGGGAAGCGGAAUAUCGAGGAGAUCCUGGCAGCCAAAGGGGAGCGGGUGAGACGUGUGGCUGGGGAGGAAGCCCUGGAGCUGCUCCUGGAGAGCUCGGCAGAGACCGGGUCCGGAGGGGAGUCCACAGAGGGAGAAGGUGGGGAAGCCCCCCCCAAGAUCGGCAGCAAGGGGCAGACCUGACAGACGGGGCCUGUGUGCUCUGCUGAUGGCAAGAGACUCUUAACCUUCAUUCCUUGAUUUCAGUGGUCUGUGUUUAAUAAACUGGGGGAUUGGUCGUUCUUUA